AUGUCUAACCAAUUUGCACCUCUGAAGAAUGAUCUUCUACUUCGGACGGCUCGAGGCGAAAGCGUAGAGCGACCACCGAUAUGGAUUAUGAGACAGGCCGGCCGUUACCUCCCCGAAUACCAUGAAGCCAAGGGAAACCGCGAUUUUUUUGAGUGUUGCCGCUCACCAGAAAUAGCAUCAACUCUCACUCUACAGCCCAUUGAACGCUACGCAGGGCUCAUUGACGCCGCCAUCAUUUUCUCUGAUAUCCUGGUCAUCCCCCAAGCAAUGGGUAUGGAAGUCGAGAUGAUUGAUAAGAAGGGCCCCUCGUUCCCCUCUCCACUACGGACCCCAGAAGACGAACAGUACACACAGGUCGUGAACCGAUCAGUCGACGUUACUAAGGAAUUGGACUACGUCUAUAAAGCAAUCACCCUUACAAGGCAAAAGUUGAACGGCCGGGUACCUCUAAUUGGGUUUGUGGGUGCCCCUUGGACACUGCUAUGUUAUAUGGUUGAAGGAGGUGGAAGCAAGAUGUUUGCAGCCAUCAAGACAUGGAUAUACAAAUAUGCCGAUGCAUCGAAGAAGCUACUACAGAAGAUUUCGGAGGUGUGUGUCGAGCAUCUUGCACAGCAGGUUAAGGCUGGAGCACAGAUGGUUCAGGUAUUCGACUCAUGGGCCGGAGAGCUUAGCCCACGAGCAUUUGCAGACUUCGCACUGCCAUACCUGCGGUAUAUUUCUACCAAUCUGCCCAAGAGAUUGCGCGAGAUGGGCCUUGACGUUGUGCCCAUGACGGUAUUUGCAAAAGGGGCAUGGUAUGCUCUAGAUGAGCUGUGUGAGUCCGGAUAUGAUGUUGUAGGGCUGGAUUGGCAGCAUGAUGCGGCCAAGGCACGGGCUGUUGCCAAUGGAAGAGUGGUGCUGCAGGGGAAUGCGGACCCCGGAUGCCUUUACGGCACAAGAGAAGGGAUAACGGCGGUGGUGGAAGAGAUGGUAAAGGGCUUCGGCGGUGGAAAACAAGGCUGGAUUGCCAACCUGGGGCAUGGAGUUACGCCGUUCGUUAAACCGGAUGACUUGAAGUUUUACUUUGAAGAGAUACAUCGACUCACUGCUACCUAG